ACUAAUUGCAAAGUUUCUCCGAAGUCUUCUUUUAAAAAUAGCAAAAAUUAGCUAGCGAAAGUCGUUAAAAAAAAAAAGAGGGAGAGGAUGGAAAUGUUGGCUGAAUCCAUGGAAUGAAUUCAGAAUUGAUCAAACGAGUUGACUCAGUUUCGAACAAGGAGACCUACUGAUAGAGACUAACUCCUUCCAACUCCAAUCUCUCUUUCUUCUCCAAAAUCAACAUAUCAAAAACUGGUUCAAUGGGAUUGGAUGUUGGUGUUGAGGUAGGGUUGUAGAAGUGUUAAGGAAGAACUAGAAGUUGGAUAUAAUGGGAAAUAUUUGUAGUUCGCAGAUCACUGUAAAUGGACGUGUUCCAACUGUUUCAGCUGCAGUAUGGUUGUUCGAAUACCCAGAUGACAUGAUUUCCCAACAUGUUACUGUUGCUUCUAAGGAACAUGAAUCCCCUUUACCAGUCCAAAACAAACAACUACAGCUGGAGACAGUUCCAGAGUUUGAACUUACUACUGAUCAGCAAAUCCUCAAAACGAAGAAGGGAGUUCAAGACAAAUCACCAGCACUUGAGACAAUUCCAGAACUUGAACCUGCUAUGGAUCAACAUUCUCUCAAAACUAAGAAGCCUGAAUCAGCUUUGCUAGUCCAAAGCAAACUACCAAAACUAGUGACGUUCCCACAAUUUGAACCUACAACGGAACAAACAUCCCCAAGAACCAAGAAGCCAGAACCACAUGUGUCAUUCCAAAACAAACAACCAGAACUAGCAACAAUACCAGAACUUGAGCUUAGAACCUCUACAGUGUCUACUCUAUCCUCAGAAGAACCUAGAGGCUCUCCAACAUCCCAAGAAAAACACACAGCCCUUCCACCUGCUUUAGAAACCAUUAAGCUACGACAUUUGAAGAGAGUAUCCAGUGCUAUACCCUGGGUUGGUUCGGUGUUACAAACAAAAACUGGUGACUUCAACGAUUUUUACACAUGUGGGAGGCAACUGGGUGCAGGGGAAUUUGGAAGGACGUUUCUGUGUGUGGAAAAGGAAACAGGGAAAGAGUAUGCUGUCAAAUCAAUUGAAAAGAGCAAUAUUAUAUCUGAUGUUGAUGCAGAGUAUGUUAGAAGGGAGAUUCAGAUAAUGCACCAUUUGGCAGGACAACCAAACAUGAUCUCUAUCAAAGAGGCUUAUGAGGAUGCUGAUGAAGUUUGUGUUGUUAUGGAGUUAUGUGAAGGUGGUGAUUUAUCAGAGGCUAUUUUAUGGGGUCGGCAUUACGGGGAUAGAAAAGCAGCCAAGCUUACCAGGAAGAUUGUUGAAGCUGUGGAAACCUGCCAUUUGCUGGGUGUUAUUCAUAGAGACAUUAAACUAGACAAUUUUCUUUUUGUCAAUUGGGAGGAUGAUGCACCUCUCAAAAUUAUUGACUUUGGAUUAUCUGUUUUCUUCAAGCCAGGAGAUAGAUUAAUUGAUGUGGCUGGCACACCAUGUUAUGUUGCACCAGAAGUUUUUCUUAAAAAAUAUGGACCAGAAGCAGAUAUUUGGAGUGCUGGAGUAAUUCUUUACUUUCUGUUAAGUGGAAGGCUACCUUUUUCUGGUGACAGCGAGGAAGAGGUGGGGAGAAAGGUUGUGCAUGAUGAUCUAGACUUCUCAUCAGAUCCAUGGCCUAGUAUUUCUGAGGGCGCCAAAGAUUUAGUAAGGAGAAUGCUUGAUAAAGACCCAAGUACGCGGAUAUCUGCACCCAAAAUUUUGAGUCACCCAUGGGUUCAACUUGGUUAUGAAGUAUUGAGUCUUUCAAAGCAGUCUUCUGAAAUAAGCAGUUACAAGAAAGAGGCUACUAGAAUAAUUGCACAGUCAUUAUCUGAAAAUGAAAUAGCUGACCUGAAAGAAAGGUUCAAGAUGAUGGACACUUACAAAAGGGGCAAAUUAACUUAUAAAACAAUUACGGAUGAAUUAGAACGCUUUGGAGAGAAUCUUGAGGAGGGACUGGAUUUUGCUGUUCUGAGGCCAAUGGUACAGAAAAUACAUAACAGGGCAACGAUUAGUUAUGGAGAGUUCCUAGCCUCUGCAAUGCAUUUAAAAAAUAAAUUGAGAUAGAAUGUCAUCUGUCCGCAGCUUUUGCCAGUUAGACAAGAUUAAAUGGUGAAUAAUGAAUUGGAUUCAAUUCUAUCCAAUUUUCUGAGUUGCAGCCACCUAUGGUGGAGCACAAGGCCACAUUGCAUUUGACGAAAUUUGAAAGAAGAUCAUCAAUCAUGAGCUUCUGCAUUCUUUGAUAAACAUAGAAGUUGCUACAGCAAGAUGGUUAAGAGCAAAUCGGUUUAGGCCCUCUUGUCUUCUAGAAAAAUAAAAAUGCCUAAAAUUUUUUUGUGGCUAUCAAUUUCACCGUAAAUACCCCCAUAAUUAGCCGCAAAUAUUUUGUUGUAAAAAGGUCAUCCUAAAUACCAUUAUUUGUGGCAAAAAAAUGUUCGCCUUGCGGCGAAAAAACCACCCCAAAUAUCAAUAAAUCUGUCACAAAUAAUUAUAGAUUUUGUCGUAAUUGACCUUAUUUGUAGCGAAAAAUUUAAAUAAUUUGUCGCAA